UUUGGUUGUGGUUUGAAACUUCAAAAUGUCGUGAAAUGURACAUUUUCCUUUACUUUUUCAACGUUUUUAAGGACAKUUAUAUCCUUGAUCUCGUUSACAUUCUCCUUCGUAUCCAAGCUAUAAAAUUAUCUUGAUUUUGAUACCGAAUAAGGUUCUUGGCGUUGUUUGCGUUCCAGUUGUCUGCACUUGAGCGAUUUCAGGGCAAAUAUAACUUAUACAGUACACAUCAACUUAAAUUUGUUGCUCAAGACCUCGAUUGUUGACUUAGAUUAUUAAAUGUGUAGUGGCUAGGCGUUAUAAUGGUUCUUCACGUAUUUCUAGUACUUUCAAUAUCCUUCCUACAUUUGACCUGUUGCAUUAGCCAAGACUUGCCAAACCAAGCAGCGUCCGUUGGAGUGUUCUUUGAUUAUACAUUAUCAAAAGAAAAAUUUGCAUCUGAUGAAUCAUUUCCCAAUUAUAUCAAGUUCACUGUAUCCAAAUUUGGUGGCCCGGACUUACCAAAGUGGCUUCGUCUUGAGCAAGAUACUCCCACUGACGAUGCAAUUAUCUAUGGUACCCCUCCCCCUGAUAGUCAAGGAAACCUAACACUAGAGAUCACUGGAUGGGAUAAACGAGACUAUGCCACAAAAAGACGGAAUAUCAACAUUGUUAUUGAUAGUUCAAAAGAGCCACCGCAGUUUGUAGCCGAGUUCAUCAUUAAGAACUUCAAUAUAGAURAUUUUUUGGUUAAUAAAACACAACCCAAUUUAUUCAGAAGCAAACUUGAAGAGAUUUGGAGGUCACCUACAAUUAGUCUGAAGGUUGUUAAAGUUGAAUCAAUGUUGGACAGGGGAGGACGAGUACCAAUACCUCCUAAAAAAGAAGGUGUUUUUAUUGCUGUUGUAUGACACUAAAGACCCAGCUUAUAUUGCAAAUAUGUCAUCAAGUAGUACAACCUUUAAGGACCCAAUUAUACCAUCCUCCUACUCACCCCCUGAGAUGGAACCAGUGCCGAGGGAUUAUGGUGAUCUUUAUGUGGCAGUAUUAAUCCUUCCUGUCGUUAUAAUCCUGAUAAUAGUCAUUAUACUUGCUAUCAUUAUGUGUUGUUUCCGCCAGGGCAAAGACAAACGUGACGCUGCAACACCACGCCCUCAGCUACAGUACCACGACUCGAUACUGCGAACUACGUUUCAGUUACGUAGGAUGGAUAGCGACAAUCCGGACGUUACGCGACGUAACAACGGUCAAACCCCACGACCUGAAUCACCRGUUCGAAAUACGUCUACACCAUAUGAACGGACUGUUACUCCUGAUGAGGAAGAUUCUUCACCACGUGGUGCCCCACCCCCUUAUCGCCUGCCACCACCAGCAGCGGUCAGUGUAACCACCCCAAAUGGAAGCCAGUUUUACCAGUCGUCAGCAUAAAGAAUGUCGGGAAAAAUGAUCGUACGGAAUUGUGGGAUAAACAGCGUCAAUUGGAAGGGAUUCUARGUGUCUCUCUAUAACUUCGUUUUAUAUCAGACGAUAAGUUUUGAAUUGUGGAAAAAACUGAAACUGAAAAAACUGACCGGAAGCGUGAUUUCAUAAAAUGCGAAGGAGGACUGAGCGAUAAUUCGAAAAGACCAUUUGUGGGACGGAGAAAUUCCUUCCGYAUUUUAUGAUUUUUAAUACAAAUGUAGUAAAUAUGUAGCUUAAAGCAUAGAUGUAAUUGUUUUUUGGUAAAAAUCAGCGAUAAAUUGUAAGUCAAGUAGGCAUAGUAAUAAAAGCAUUUCAAAUUUUGA